CAGCCUGGCAAGCUGGGAGACCAUGGCUUCUAUUUGAUGCGGUUAAAGGUAUGACCUGUAGUUGGUGCACUGAGCAUGGUAGAGGGGGCAUUGAAGGUGCAAGUAAGAAGAAUUUAUUUGUCGUUGGCUCGAAGAACUAUAAACACUCUACAGUCACUGACCAUGAAAAGUCGAAGUUGCAUUUGGAGGCGACAAAUGUGAAAAAUUCAAAGAAAGAGGUGAAAGAGAAGAAGAGCACUGCUCACAAAACUGUUAUGGCAUUGAAGGAGUAUACACGAAAACAAAUGGAAUACCGAUUCAGGAACGUCCAUGCUCUUAUCAAAAACAACAGACCUAUAUCUGAUUAUGUAUGGCUAAAUCAGCUUGACCGAGCUAAGGGCCUGGAGAUCAGUUCCACUUACGACAAUUCUUCUUCUGCUACCUUGUUUCUAGAAUUUAUAUCUUCUGUAGAAAAGGAAAAGCUUACAAAUAUCUUGGCCCAGAUUAAGUUUUUCUCUAUGACAAUGGAUGGGAGUACGGAUGACAGCAGUACUGAACAGGAAACUGUGUUUCUCAGGAGUUCUGUACAAGGUGAGAUUUUUUUAAUUUGUAAGUAUGAUUAAUUAUGUAUUCUUAUGAAUCAGCUAGAAUAGGAAACAAUUCAAUUAUGUUGUUUGUGUUUUUAUAGGAAAGAUGAUAAUGAGAUUCCUUUUUAUCGGUGAACCAAAUUCAAUUGGAUCCGCUGAUCUGUUUACAUUCCUGAAAGAAAAACUAGCAGCAAACAAUGAAUUGGACUAUACGAGUAAAUUUAUUGGAUUUGGAUGUGAUGGGGCAGCCAACAUGAUGGGUAGAAAAUCAGGUCUAUUAACUCGAAUGCAGGAGGAAUAUCCUCAUGUUGUUGGUGUGCAUUGCUUGGCUCAUCGAUUACAACUUUCCUUUCGAGACAUAUUUAGGAAUAACAAAUACUAUGUCAAACUGUCAACUUUGCUCAUUGGGCUUUUUUAUUUCUACAAGAACAGCCCUAAACAGAGGAAAGGUCUAAGAGAGGCAAUGAAAGUAAGUUGUAUUCUAACAGUGUACAAAAUUUACAUUAUUUAAAGGAAAUAUUUUGCAUUGUUAUCAACUCUGUGAAUAGCAAUUGAUUAGUGAUUUAAGGAAUUCUGAAUAAUAGGUUAUGAAUGUGAAAGGAACCCUGCCUCACAGAGUGGGAGGAAGCCGAUGGAUGCCCCACAUUAAAAAAGCUUUGGAAACUCUCUUCAGGAUGUACCCAGCAUUCAUUUCGCAUCUCCAAAAUGAAUCUCAUCAAAAUGCCAAAGCAGAGGGGCUUGCGAAAAUUAUGGAUGAUUUUAAUAUCAUUGCAUUUGCCAUUUUACUCCAGGUAUUAUGUAAAUUAAAAACUCCACAUUUCUGUAAUAUUUUAUGGUAUCCAGUAGAGUAUUUUCUGACAUAGUAACCUUUAUUUGUAGGACCUGAUCAACCCCUUGACAAAAUUGUCAUUGUUGCUUCAAGCCAAAGAUACAACACUGGCUGAUACAACAGAUAUGAUUGAGAGCACGAUUGAUUAUUUGCUGCAGUGUAAAACUAGGUAUAUUAGCCAUGACAUGUAUUUCAAGUAAAUAAUUUUAGUAUCAGCAACUCAUUAAAGCUAAAAUAGAGUUUUUAAAAACUGAUAAUCAUUCAAAAACACAGAAUUUGCCAAUGGAGUAAUGUUUGAUGAUAACUGAUUUAUGUUACAGCCAAAGUUUGAAACUUAUUGCUGUUACUACUUCGAAAACUGUCUCUGGAUAUGGUUUGAAAAUAAGAGGAAAGGAGCUCAACAUCUGUGCCACAACAGAGAAUAUUGUUGACGAGUUGAUUUCUCAACUAAGAGCAAGGUUGUGUGGUCAGCCCUGGGUUAAGUCAACCCUGGUUGGAAGUUUCAAAAAUUGGCCAGUAGAAGAUACAAAUGCAGGUGUGUAAUUACAGGUGUAAUGUAUAUUUAUUGUAAAAAAAGAAAAAAAGAUAACUGCCUAAUAGUAUUAAGUUAAGUAAGUUUGGUAUAUUUGUAUAUAAUUUUUGAACUUCUUUUAUCUUAGUGAAGGAUGACAAGAAGGUAAUAUUUCCUUUGUUGUAACCCUUGGUGUUUGGUAUACCCAUAUAUUUCUCUUCAUACCUUCCUGGUGUAGUGCAAUAUAUAGCUGCUCUUAUGCUUUCUGGCUUAACUCACUAUUUUAUGUAAUCCUUUCUGGCUGGCUUAUUGCACUCAUAUAUCAAUCAUAGUCCUUAAAAUUCAUUGGGGUUUUUUUCUGUUAAUUUUAUCAAUUUGGGUGAAACAAAAAUACAGAUUGUUUUCUUCUUGACCAAUAGAAUUUGGAAAGAAGGAAGUGGAAUUGUUGACAGAGAAAUUCCACACUGCAUUAACUACUGCUGAGUAUGACACUUCACAGAUGGUUUCAGAGUGGCAGCUUAUGAAGUCUCUCACUUAUAAGAGAUUUGGAUCAUGUCUAGCACAUCUUGCAUGGGAAACUGUGAAUUCUUCCUUUGGACAGAAUGGGAUCCAGAAUAUACUGGGAUUAAUUGAGCUGUUGAAAAGUCUCCCUCCAACAUCUGUUUUAAAUGAAACCGCCUUCAACCAAAUGAAGUUAAUUAAAACAGAUAGACGACACAGAUUAAGUGCUCAGCAUUUGAAUGAUAUCAUGUUGGUCAAAAUUGAAUCAUCAUCCAUCCAAGACUUUGACCCAACACCUUCAAUCAAUAAAUGGAUGGUGACACCAUCUGCUCAAGGACGAAGGACAAACUACACCCGAGACACAGUGGAAGAAAGUGACAUUAUUACAGUGAUUGCAGAAAAAGAAGUUGAGAGGGAGAGACAGUAUAUGGAGAGAGAAGUGGAGGGUGAGAGAGGAGUGGAGGAAGAGAGAGAAGUGGAGAGUGAGAGAGGAGUGGAGAGUGAGAGAGGAGUGGAGAGUGAGAGAGAAGUGGAGCAAGAGAGAGAAGUGGAGAGUGAGAGAGAAGUGGAGAGUGAGAGAGGAGUGGAGCAAGAGAGAGAAGUGGAGAGUGAGAGAGGAGUGGAGAGUGAGAGAGGAGUGGAGCAAGAAAGUGAGGAAGAUUCAGAGUGUGAGCAAAAUGAGAAAGAGAAUGAAAGGAGAAUAAAUGAACUUGUAGCUGAGAUUGAGAUGGAAUACAAUUAGUUGAUUAUAAAUAAAAUUUAUCAAAAUCUCAAAA